UUCACUUUGUAUACGUACAUCCUGACUCUUCCUCUUCACCACACAUCUGAACGGACUCGACCAGUCAUGGGUGCUCUGUUGUCCAUUCCCCUGCUUACAGGUGGAGCCGGAGCUCUAGGAAGCUCUUUGUGCUCUGGAUGUAUGAUCUUCAUGGGAGGCACAGCUGCGUCAGCGUUUUGUAAAUCAUGCAAUUGCAACUCGUCGAUCGCAACUAGAGUCGGAUUUGGACUCAUAUUUGCAACUUCCUCCAUGUUGGCAUACCUAUCAAGGACAGACUUGGCAAUCAAACAAUUGGAAAAGCUCAGUUGGGAUUGGAUCAAGAUGGACUGCUCAGGAGGCAAAUGCUAUGGUCUCUUGGCUGUUCAUCGAUUCUGCUUUGCUCUAGCUCUCUUUCACCUUAUCCUCUCUGCCUCGCUGAUUGGCGUAGAAUCUACAAAGACUAAGCGAGCAGCGAUUCAGAAUGGAUGGUGGGGUCCAAAAAUCCUGGUGUAUCUGGUCCUCUGCUUCCUGGCGUUUCUCAUCCCAAACGAAUUUUUCAUGGCAUACGGAUCAUAUGUGGCGCCGAUUGGAGCCUGCAUGUUCAUCCUCAUUGGCCUAGUCCUCUUGGUCGAUUUCGCUCACACUUGGGCUGAAAGUUGCCUCGAGCGUUGGGAACAAGGUGAUUCAAAUCUGUGGCAGUUCAUCCUCGUUGGCUCGACUCUGGGCAUGUUCGUGGCCUCAGUCGUCCUCACGACCCUUCUGUACGUCUUUUUUGCAGGAUCGGGCUGUGGUAUCAACACUACUUUCAUCACUAUCAAUCUCGUUCUAUCCAUUGUCUCGACACUCAUAGCCAUCUCUGGGCCAGUGCAAGAAGCCAAUCCUCGCUCGGGUCUCACCCAAGCAUCAGUAGUCACAGCAUACUGCACCUACCUGACAGCAUCUGCUGUGGUAAAUCAUAACGACACCGGGCACUGCAAUCCUCUGCACGCAAGCGGCGGCACCAAGACAACUACUGUUAUCAUUGGCGCUCUUUUUACCUUCCUCGCCAUUGCUUAUUCGACGAGUCGAGCCGCGACACAAAGCACAGCGCUUGUGGGUAAAAAAAGGGCUGCCAUUGAGCUCCCGAUAGACUCGACUGAUGACGGAGAGGUUCGCAUGGUCACCAAUCAACCCAAAGGCCGCAGAGAUGAGAUGCGAUACCAAGCUAUCUUGGCAGCCGUGAAUGCAGGAUCACUUCCCGCCUCGGUUCUGGAUGAGCCUGAGGAUAAUGACGACGAAAUUGAGGCAACCAUUGGAGAAGAACGCGAUGAUGAGAGAGGAGGCACAAAAUACAAUUACUCCUGGUUCCACAUCAUCUUCGUCAUGGCGGCAAUGUAUGUGGCCGGGCUGCUGACGGACUGGGCCAUCAUUUCGACCUCUCCCGUGGCCCAUCCCACGGAUUUCUUAGAGAGUGGUCAAUCAGAGCCUGAUGUGUACAUUGGGCGAUCAGAGGCUACCAUGUGGAUGAGGGUCAUCAGUACAUGGUUGUGUUAUGGACUGUACGGUUGGAGCUUACUCGCCCCCGUCGGUCUUCCGGAUAGGUUUGGUGAUCUUUAAGUGUAGUAGGGUUUAUUAAAAACAUUGUAUAAAACGUUGAGAUUGCAUGGCU